AGCCACUUUUGUCUCAAGGCGCUAGUCUGGCCAAGGUGCUUCACGGUUCAGGAUGUGCUUCCUAAUCGGCGCGACGGGGCCUGGCGUCACCGCGACGGGAGAAGCAUUGCUGGGAUGCGUCAGCGACGACCCUUACCUUUUCCGCACCUUCGUGCGAGUAGUGCAGCCCGCCGGAGGCCGCUACCCGCAUGUGGGCACUGAGUUGGUGUAUGCCACUGAGCAGCCCGAUCUUGCGCCGCCCUUCCAAGUGGAGCCAGGUGAAACCAGCCGCGGGGUGAAUUCACAGGGCCUCGCCUUCGUGAUUGCCCUGGCAGUGGAGCAAGAAGCGCCACAAGCCGAGGAGGGGGACCUCCCUCCUGUGCGCUUCUGCGAGUUGAGCCGCAAGAUGAUGAAUGAGUGCAGCGACGUGGAGGGCGCGCUCAAGUUGCUUCAAGCUCAGCACGCAGUCGCGCCGGCCUUGUCUGUGCUACUGGCAGAUGCCUCUGGGGGUCUGGCACAUGUGGAGGUCGGCAGUCAUGGCACCGCGGUACAUCAGAGGUUCACAAAGGACCACCCGGGCAUGGCUCUGGCGGUCAAUUGCUACCAGUCGAAGGAGCUCAAAGGUUUCAACGAGGCUAAGGCUGAGCUUUCGGUGUCGGAGAACAACAACGGAUGCCGCUUGUUGAGAGGCCAGGACCUCGCACGGCAGCUUGGUGGCAAUUUGGAUGUGGCGGCCUUCCGUGGAAUUCUGUCAGACCACGGCAACAGAGAGCGCGACCCAGCAGACAAUCCCCUCUUGAAGUGGUGGGGGUAUAGCAUUUGCAAUCAUGGGACCCGAAGAAGCGACGCCUACGAUGCGAAUGCAGCACCUUGGGGCACUGUCAGCGCGGAAGUCUUGCAGCCAUCAAAGAGGGCACUGCACUACAACUACGGCUGGGCCUGCGGCGAAAGGGCUGAAUUCGGGGAUCAGCCCUUCCAGGACAACUCCUGGGCCCAUUUCGCGAGCUUCGUGCCUACUGCAGCGCCGGAAGCGCGGACCGUUGCCUGCACCACGGUGGACGGCCAGAUGUGCCCUGAAGCUUCCCUCUUCCAGCUGCACUCGGACUGAGCUCCAUGCAGCUGCAAGAAUUUAAGUGCCCGAUGUACAGAGCCCGGGCAAAUCUUGUGCCCCCUGCGGACGGGGGGAAAUCCCAAGCCAUGGCUUUUGGGACUCGGAUCAUAUUGUCAUUCCAAUUUGGCUCC